CCCCGGGAUGGGGGGGGGUCCCCGCCCCGAGCUCGGGCCCCGGGCCCGCUCCCCGCGGGGAGGCCGACGAUGACACGACGAGGCUCCGACGAGGGGCCGGAACGGCGCCGUCCUCCCGCCCCCCGCCCCGAGAUGGGAAUCGGUUACCUAGUUCGGCCCCCGGCGUCCCGGUCCGAUGGCGGGGUCGUCGUCGUCGACUGGCGGCGGCGGCGGCUCCGAGGUCCCUUCGAUUAUCAGCUGAGCCGCAGCACCGCCCGUCGCCUUCCGCCUCCCCUUCGGGGCGCUCUCGCAGGGACUACUUUCCCCGUCCCCGCCGCGACGGUGCCGGGGAGGGACGGCGGGGCGGCCCCCGCUCCAAACCCCCGCACUAAAGACACCGGCCCCAGGCGGCCACGCCUCAGGUUCCCCCGCGGCGGGCGGGAUGGGCCGGUCUUCGGCCACUCGGGCUGGUCCUUGCCUCCCGGCGAGGGCCGAGGGAUGGAUAUCCCUCCGCCGGGGUCACCCUCCCUCCCUCCUUCCCUCCUCCCUCUCGGGCCUUCCGAGGCGCAGAAGCCUUUGGUCAACUACUACCACCCCCGCUGCCCGGGGCCGCCCUUCGCCCCAACCGGGGAGGCUUCCCUCCUUGCUCCCGCUCCCGGCGGGACGAGGGUCGGGCGGCCUCCCCCCCCCCUCCCCGCCACCCCCCGGGCCGGGCUUUAUCGAAGCUGCGGCCCCCUGACCCCGGGCCGGGGCCCGCCCCUUCCUGGUUGUCGUGGCGACGGCCGCCGCGUCCCAAGAUGGCGUCGCUGCUGCCGGAGACGCUGUUCGAGGUGGUGGGCCAGGCGCCGGCGCCCAGCAAGGACUACUACCAGCUGCAGAUCACCCAGUCCCAGAUUCUGCUUGCUCAGCUUCUCCAGCUGGGAUUUGACUGUUGCAUGCUCCUUGUGACUGAGUUUUUGUGAAAACUUCAACUCCAAAACACCAUGAGCAAGACUGAGAUCACUGUGUUUCUUGGCAAUCAGCAAAAUUUUGACAUUUUGGAAGCCGGGAGAUUUUGGAGCAAGUGAAUUAGCCACCCCAGCGAACUGAUUGAAUAAACAAGUCAGUCAAUAA